GCACCGUGCUCCGGCAGAACCGCUCGAGUCUCGACACGAAUUUCGUCGGUGGGGCCCGAACGUCGACGAAGGAUACGAAGCAUCCAGCAACCCCGAUCGCCCACCGAACUACCCCCUGGCUCGAUCCAGGUCGAUCCGGAUAUCGAUAUCAAGCAAGAGGACGGUCGAGGUUCGCGCGAGCUACCAUCCGGCCAGUAGUGGCUGAUCAUUGGUGCACCAUCGGAGGUUAGGACGUCGUCGACACCGUGCUGGUGUGGUGUUCGUCGUCGGCCAGCGCGAAACGUUCUGCACCGGCAGCCGUGUGUGCCACCGGAAGACGAAACAUGUCGGAUCGUGACCGUGUGUGACCGUUCAUCCGCGCCCUAUUAACUACGAGGCUGGACGAGCGUUGCCGAGAACCAGGCCAUACCACGAGCGUGGAAAAUAAGGCGAGGGAGAGGCGGUGAACUGGGCUCGACGUCAGGUUACGUGAAAACGUACCGACGGGAUGGCUGACAGCGAGGGUGGCUCCGAGCAGGAUGACGUAUCCUUCCUCCGCACGGAGGACAUGGUAUGUCUGUCCUGCACCGCAACCGGCGAAAGGGUGUGCCUCGCUGCCGAGGGGUUUGGCAAUCGACACUGUUUCCUCGAGGAUAUCGCGGACAAGAACAUACCACCUGACCUGUCGCAAUGCGUAUUCGUAAUAGAGCAGGCUCUCUCGGUGAGGGCCUUGCAGGAAUUGGUCACCGCUGCCGGUUCCGAGACGGGGAAAGGCACCGGGUCUGGCCACAGGACGUUACUCUACGGCAACGCCAUUUUGCUGAGGCACCUGAACAGCGACAUGUAUUUGGCGUGUUUAUCGACCAGCUCGUCCAACGACAAGUUGGCUUUCGACGUCGGUCUGCAACAGCAUUCUCAAGGCGAGGCCUGCUGGUGGACCGUGCAUCCAGCAUCGAAACAGAGGUCCGAGGGUGAGAAGGUGCGAGUCGGUGACGACCUUAUUCUGGUAUCCGUGGCCACCGAGAGAUACUUGCACACCACGAAGGAAAACGGACAGUCGGUGGUCAACGCCUCGUUCCACGUGACCCAUUGGUCGGUGCAACCAUACGGUACCGGAAUCAGCCGGAUGAAAUACGUCGGUUACGUAUUUGGUGGUGACGUUCUGCGAUUUUUCCACGGCGGCGACGAAUGCCUCACUAUCCCGUCUACAUGGAGCACGGCGCCGAAUCAAAACAUAGUGAUCUACGAGGGAGGAAGCGUGAUGAGCCAGGCCCGAUCUCUAUGGAGGCUAGAGCUGGCUAGGACGAAAUGGGCCGGUGGUUUCAUCAACUGGCUACAUCCAAUGAGGAUCAGACACCUGACAACCGGACGGUAUCUCGAUGUGAAAGAAAACAACGAACUAUAUCUGGUCGAUAGGAACAAAGCGUCGAUAGAGACGUCGACGUUUUGGCUGAGGCAAGAGAAGGACGACCAAAAGAUCGUCCUCGAGGAUAAGGACCUCGAAGUGAUCGGUACACCGAUUAUCAAAUAUGGCGACUCGACCGUCAUCAUGCAACACGCUGCUACUUGCCUCUGGGUCUCGUACAAGUCGUACGAAACGAAGAAAAAGGGCGUGGGUAAAGUGGAGGAGAAGCAAGCCGUGCUUCACGAGGAAGGCAAGAUGGACGACGGUUUGGACUUCUCCCGGUCGCAAGAAGAAGAGUCUCGAACAGCUCGCGUGAUCAGAAAGUGCAGCAGUCUGUUCACCCAGUUCAUCACAGGCUUGGAUGGAUGCGUACAGAGCAGUUGCAAACCGAAUGAUAAAUUAACGUGGACAAGCAGAUCGCUAAAAGGACCGUGAGCGUCUAUGUUCUUCCAGAUCGUGAAUCUCAACGAAAUGGUGAUGUGUCUGGAAGACUUGAUUAAUUAUUUUGCUCAACCCGAAGACGACAUGGAGCACGAGGAGAAACAAAACAGAUUUCGAGCGUUGAGAAAUCGCCAGGACCUGUUCCAAGAAGAAGGUAUACUGAACUUGAUCCUAGAAGCGAUCGACAAGAUCAACGUGAUCACGUCGCAAGGUUUCCUCGUGGCCCUGUCGGGUGACGAGAGUGGCCAAGCCUGGGAUCAAAUAUCAGGAUACCUGUAUCAACUAUUGGCAGCUAUUAUCAAAGGAAAUCACACGAACUGUGCCCAAUUCGCCAACAGCAAUCGCUUAAAUUGGUUGUUCAGUCGGUUGGGUUCGCAAGCUUCUAGCGAGGGCACGGGGAUGUUAGACGUGCUGCACUGCGUCCUUAUCGACUCGCCUGAAGCUUUAAACAUGAUGAGAGACGAACACAUUAAAGUGAUCAUUUCCUUGCUGGAGAAACACGGCAGGGAUCCAAAGGUCUUGGACGUUCUUUGCUCGCUCUGCGUGGGUAACGGCGUCGCUGUACGAUCUUCGCAGAACAAUAUCUGCGAUUUCCUACUACCAGGAAAGAAUCUCUUGCUUCAAACGCAAUUGGUCGAUCACGUGGCCAGUGUCAGGCCGAACAUAUUCGUCGGCAGAGUGGAAAACUCGGCGCUGUACCAAAAGUGGUACUUCGAAGUCACCGUCGAUCACAUCGAACAGACUACGCAUAUGAUGCCACACUUGAGGAUAGGAUGGGCGAACACUGCUGGCGACGUGAUUGGCUGCGCGUUGGAUCUCACUGUGCCCAUAAUCACCUUCACCUUCAACGGAGCACCCAUCAUGGGAUCUUUCCGCAACUUCAAUCUAGACGGGAUGUUCUUCCCCGCGAUUAGCUGCUCCUCCAAACUGUCUUGCAGAUUUCUCCUAGGCGGUGAUCACGGCCGCCUAAAGUUUCAACCGCCGGAGGAAUUCUCCCCGUUGGUGGAAAGUCUGUUACCUCAGCAAAUCCUAUCCUUGGAUCCCUGCUUCUACUUCGGCAACAUGAACAAAGUGGUCCUAGCUGGCCCCUGGCUGGUCGAAGACGACACCGCCUUCGUCCCAGCUCCAGUCGACACGUCCAUGAUCAACCUGCCGUCUUACGUCGAGCAAAUCAGGGACAAGUUGGCCGAGAACAUUCACGAGAUGUGGGCAAUGAACAAGAUCGAGGCUGGUUGGAUAUACGGCGAGCACAGAGACGAUAUGAGGAAGAUUCACCCCUGCAUCGUUCAGUUCGAACGGCUACCAGCCGCGGAGAAACGUUACGAUACUCAGCUAGCAGUGCAGACCCUGAAGACCAUCUUAGCACUGGGAUAUUACAUCACGAUGGACAAGCCACCCUCUAGAAUAAAGACACUGAGACUUUCCAACGAUCCGUUCCUCCAGAGUAGCGGAUACAAACCAGCGCCACUAGAUCUCGGCGCCAUCACGCUCACGCCUAAGAUGGAGGAGCUAGUAGACCAGCUCGCGGAGAAUACUCACAACUUGUGGGCGAAGGAGAGGAUCAGCCAGGGUUGGACCUAUGGUCUGAACGAGGAUUCCGAGAUGAGGAGGAGCCCACACUUGGUACCCUACCCGAAGGUCGACGAAGCGAUCAAGAAAGCUAAUCGUGACACCGCUAGCGAGACAGUGAGGACGCUCUUGGUCUACGGGUACAUGCUGGAGCCACCUACCGGGGAACAGCACGAAGCGUUGCUGUUGGAGGCCAGCAGGUUGCGACAGUCGUCCUUCAGGACCUAUCGCGUGGAGAAACACUAUGCGGUCAGCAGUGGGAAAUGGUACUUCGAAUUCGAAGUGCUGACGGCUGGUCCGAUGAGAGUGGGUUGGGCAAAGGCCGACUGCAUGCCUGGCAGCAUGUUGGGCAGCGACGAGAACACCUGGGCUUUCGACGGCUACAACGUAACUAAAGUACACGCCGGUACCCACGAGUCAUUUGGUCACAAAUAUCAAGUGGGCGACAUAGUUGGAUGUUUCAUUGACGUCGCGGACCGAACGAUCAGCUUUUCUCUGAACGGAGAACUGCUGAUGGACGCGCUCGGGGGUGAAACGUCUUUCGCCGACGUACAGGGUGACUGUUUCGUGCCAGCCUUCACGCUCGGGGUCGGACAGAAAGCGAAACUGACGUUCGGACAAGACGUGAACACCCUGAAAUUCUUUACCACCUGCGGUCUGCAAGAGGGCUACGAACCCUUCUGCGUGAACAUGAAUCGACCGGUUACAUACUGGUACACCAAGGACCAGCCGAUCUUCGAGAACACAGACGACAUGGCUGACACGAGGAUAGACGUGGCCAGGAUACCAGCGGGUUCGGAUACGCCGCCAUGUUUGAAGAUCUCGCACAACACGUUCGAGACAAUGGAGAAGGCGAACUGGGAGUUUCUGCGAUUGUCUUUGCCAGUUAUUUGUCAAUCGACCUUUAUCUCGGAGAGCGAGAAGCUGAGAAGGUGGCAAGAGAUCAAGAUGCGUCAGAAUAAAUUACUGUCCGAGCAGGUGGAGCAAGCCCAACAAGCCGCGCCUUCUGCUCAUAUGGAGCAAAUCAUGAAGUCUGGUUUCAGCAUGAGCGACAUCAAAGGGUUACAAAGGAACUAUUCCGAGGAUGCUGUGGAAGCUGACGAGAUGAUGAAAGAGUCGCCGACCCCUAUGCAGAGGAACAAGCCAGCUAGACCUCCGAGGAAGGGUUCCCUGUAUGGAUCUCGCGGUGGCAACAUGGACAAUGCGAUCAGCGAGGUCGACAUGAAUGGCUACGGUGAUAUGAACGGCGACAUCAAAGACGAUAAGAAGAAACGCGGGCGUUCUCCGUUCCGAUUCUUCUCCCGCAAGGCGAAGUCUCCGGAUGCGAAGUCGAAAACGCCUGAGCCCCCAGUGCGUUCCGACGUCUCUGACAAAAGCACUAAAACACUAGCCAUGAACAAAGCAAGUAGCCGGCCUCCCCAAAUUCGCAUAUCAAACACUGACUUGAAAGUGGUACCGCCUCAGAUUCCGGAACGCAACGCGCCCAAAGCUAUGUCUGUGCUGAGCGGAAGCGGCGUCGAGGCGAUAGGGAACGAGAUAUACGAUGCAGAAUGCUUGAAACUGAUGAACGAAUACUUCUACGGGGUACGAAUCUUCCCUGGACAGGACCCAACGCACGUUUACGUAGGCUGGGUCACCUCUCAGUACCAUUUGCACACCAAGGACUUCAAUCUGUCUCGCGUGAGAAAGGGGUCCGUGGUUAUCACGGAUGACUACGACCGUCCUAUAGAGCAAGUCGACAGACAGAGCUGCUACAUGGUAAGAGCAGACGAGCUGUACAACGAAGUGACGCAAGACGCGUCGGGCAAGGGAGCCUCUCAAGGAAUGUUCGUCGGGUGUUUCGUGGACACGGCGACAGGUUGGGUGUCCUUCACCUGCGAGGGGAAAGAAACUAGCCACAAAUUCAAGAUGGAACCGGAUACGAAAUUGUUCCCUGCCAUCUUCGUGGAGGCUACUAGCAAGGAGAUCCUUCAGAUCGAACUCGGGAGGACCUCCACGACGCUGCCGCUAUCCGCUGCUGUUUUACAGAACUCGGAACGUCACGUGAUACCACAGUUCCCGCCUAGGUUGAAGGUCCAGUGCCUGAAGCCUCACCAAUGGGCCAGAGUCCCCAAUCAGUCGCUUCAGGUGCACGCCUUGAAGCUGUCCGACAUCAGAGGUUGGUCCAUGCUGUGCGAGGACGCCAUAUCUAUGCUGGCUCUGCAUAUUCCUGAAGAAGACAGGUGUAUCGAUAUCUUGGAGCUCAUCGAAAUGGACAAACUACUCAGUUUCCAUGCACAUACUCUGACAUUGUACGCAGCCCUGUGCUACCAAUCGAACUACAGAGCGGCACAUGCUCUGUGUCAGCACGUCGAUCAGAAACAAUUACUGUACGCGAUUCGAGCGGAAUACAUGUCCGGGCCCCUACGACAAGGAUUCUACGACUUGCUGAUCGCUUUGCACCUCGAGUCACACGCGACUACGAUGGAGGUGUGCAAGAACGAGUACAUUAUUCCUUUAGGCCAAGAACUGAAGGAGUUAUACGAAAACGAAGAAAUGAGGCACAGCCUCAGGUACCUGGAGACCGAGUCGGUUCGUCCUCAGAUGAAGAUGACAGAUAUUAGCGACCAAACGAUCGAGAACAUACGGAGCCUCUACAGUCCACACUUCCCUCUGGACGUGGUGCGGGAUUACGUGAUGACGGCUUUGAACGAGGCCGUCGAGGUCAAUCAAGUGCACAAUCGAGACCCCAUUGGCGGCAGCAAUGAGAAUCUUUUCUUGCCACUUUUAAAACUCGUAGACAGGUUGCUCUUGGUGGGGAUGCUUCGGAACGAGGACGUUAUGAAGCUUCUGAUCAUGAUACACCCUGAGACUUGGGAUCCAACGUUCGAUAAAGAAGGGAAAGACGAACACAAAAAGGGAUUGCUUCAUAUGAAGAUGGCCGAGGGAGCAAAAUUGCAGAUGUGCUAUCUUCUUCAUCACUUGAACGACAUCCAGCUGCGACAUCGCGUCGAGUCCAUCAUCGCUUUCAGCCACGACUUCGUCGGUGACCUCCAGUCCGAUCAGCUUCGACGUUACAUCGAGAUCAAACAGUCUGACCUACCAUCUGCGGUAGCAGCGAAGAAGACCAGAGAGUUCAGGUGUCCUCCUCGCGAACAAAUGAACGCCAUCUUAAGUUUCAAGAAUAUGGAAUCGGUAGAUGAUCCUGAAAAUGUUCCUUGCGGAGAAGACUUGAUAAAUAGAAUGAACGAGUUCCACAACAAUCUCAUGUCCUACGUGUCCUUGCACGCCCUUGAAGAAGCAGCAGACGCUGUGGAGGAACUGGCAGAGGACAUUCAGAAACCUGGCGCCAUUAAAAGACUGUUCAAUUUCAUCAACACGGUGAAGGAAUUAGAAGAGGAACCUAAACCCGAAGCAGAACCCGAGAGGAAGACUCCGGAAGAAGUAUUCCGCAAAGUCCUCAUAAAGACUAUCGUCAGCUGGGCCGAGGAAUCUCAAAUCGAGACGCCAAAGUUGGUUCGCGAGAUGUUCAGCUUACUGGUUCGUCAGUACGACACCGUGGGCGAACUGAUCAGAGCUCUAGAGAAGACCUACGUGAUCAACAGCAAGACAAGAGACGACGUUGCGUUGAUGUGGAUCGGUCUGAGCCAGAUCCGUGCCCUGCUGCCUGUGCAGAUGUCGCAAGAGGAAGAAGAGCUCGUUAGAGAACGUCUCUGGAAAUUAGUAAACAAUCACACGUUCUUCCAGCAUCCAGAUCUGAUCAGAGUACUAAGAAUCCACGAGAACGUGAUGGCAAUCAUGAUGAACACGCUGGGCAGACGAGCACAGGCGCAGUCCGACGCUCAAACUCAGCCGCAAACCACCGAAGGGGAGCCAGCCUCUAAAGAGAAGGACACCUCUCACGAAAUGGUGGUAGCGUGUUGUAGAUUCCUGUGUUACUUCUGCCGUACAUCCAGGCAGAAUCAGAAGGCUAUGUUCGAUCACUUCGACUUUCUAUUGGAAAACAGUAACAUCUUGCUAUCGAGGCCAUCGUUGAGGGGCUCGACGCCAUUGGACGUGGCUUAUUCCUCUCUCAUGGAAAACACUGAGCUCGCUCUGGCUCUGAGAGAACACUACCUCGAGAAGAUCGCUAUCUACUUGUCCCGUUGCGGAUUGCAGUCGAAUUCGGAAUUAGUCGAGAAAGGUUAUCCGGACCUGGGAUGGGACCCAGUGGAAGGCGAACGAUACUUGGACUUCUUGAGAUUCUGCGUCUGGGUUAACGGCGAGAGCGUCGAGGAGAACGCAAACUUGGUGAUCCGUUUGCUGAUCAGGAGACCAGAGUGCUUGGGACCUGCGCUUCGUGGCGAGGGCGAGGGUCUACUGAGAGCCAUCAUAGACGCCAAUAAGAUGUCUGAACGCAUCGCUGAUCGACGGAAAGUUCACGACGAGGCAGAGGGCACAUCUGUCAUGCAGUUCGAGCAUCCUCUUCCGGAAUCCGACGAGGACGAAGACUAUAUCGACACAGGAGCGGCUAUCCUGAACUUUUACUGCACCUUGGUGGAUCUGCUAGGCCGCUGCGCUCCGGAUUCUUCUGUUAUCGAACAAGGGAAGAACGAGUCUCUUCGAGCGAGGGCCAUCCUUCGAUCUCUGGUGCCUCUAGAUGAUCUGCAAGGUGUCUUGUCUUUGAGAUUCACCUUACUGAACCCGGCAGCCGGCGAAGAGAAGCCGAAGAGCGAUAUGCCGUCUGGAUUGAUCCCUGGACAUAAGCAGAGCGUUGUUCUGUUCUUGGAACGCGUUUACGGCAUCGAAACUCAGGAGCUGUUCUUUAAGAUACUCGAGGAAGCUUUUCUACCUGAUCUCAGGGCUGCUACUAUGCUGGACAGGAACGACGGGUACGAGUCGGACAUGGCGCUGGCGAUGAAUCGUUACAUCGGCAACAGCAUCCUACCUCUGUUGAUCAAGCAUUCCAAGUUCUACAACGAGGCGGAUAAUUACGCCAGCUUACUAGACGCCACGUUGCACACCGUUUAUCGGUUAAGCAAAAAUAGAAUGCUGACGAAGGGUCAACGUGAAGCCGUGUCGGACUUUCUCGUCGCACUGACCAGCCAAAUGCAACCUAGCAUGCUGCUGAAACUGCUUCGGAAGUUGUCUCUUUCCCGAUUUAUCGAACACAAAAUGUUCAAAAUUUAGCUGUUAACUCUGCACUAUGAACGCUGCGCGAAAUAUUACGGUUCAACUGGUGGACAAGGUGCAUACGGUGCAUCCAGCGACGAGGAGAAACGUCUGACUAUGGUGCUCUUCAGCAACAUAUUCGAUUCGUUAUCCAAGAUGGAUUACGACCCAGAACUGUUUGGAAAAGCUCUGCCGUGUCUCACGGCCAUUGGUUGCGCUUUACCACCAGAUUAUUCGUUAUCUAAGAAUUACGACGACGAAUGGUACGGUAGUAAAUCCGCAUCCGCACAGUCGCCUGACGGGCCCUAUAAUCCUCAGCCAAUCAACACCUCUAGCGUGGUUCUCAAUAAUGACCUGAAUCAGAUAGUGCAAAAGUUCUCCGAGCACUAUCACGACGCUUGGGCCAGUCGGAAGCUGGAGAAUGGCUGGACUUACGGCGAGCAAUGGUCUGACGCGAACAAGACUCAUCCCAGAUUGAAGCCUUAUAAUAUGUUGAAUGACUACGAGAGAGAAAGGUAUAAGGAACCGGUUAGGGAGAGCUUGAAAGCUUUGCUAGCUAUAGGGUGGAGCGUUGAACACGCAGAAGUGGAUGUACCCUCUACCAAUCGAAGUUCCAUGAGAAGAUCAUCGAAAAGUCAAGGUGAUUCGGCAAAUCCGUUUAAUUACAAUCCUCAUCCAGUCGACAUGACCAACCUGACACUGAGUAGAGAAAUGCAAAACAUGGCUGAACGACUGGCAGACAAUGCGCACGAUAUCUGGGCGAAAAAGAAGAAGGAAGAACUCAUCACUUGUGGAGGUGGUAUUCAUCCUCAACUGGUCCCGUAUGACCUCCUGACCGACAAAGAGAAGCGAAAGGAUCGCGAACGUUCUCAGGAAUUCCUUAAAUACUUGCAGUACCAAGGUUACAAGCUCCACAAGCCUAAUCGAGGAGGAGAAGCGGAAGUUGCUACGGCUGGAGCCUCGGUAGAGUUGAGAUUCGCCUAUUCGUUGCUAGAGAAGCUGAUAGCCUAUUUGGACAAGGCCACCAUCAACAUGAAACUGCUGAAACCGUCCGACACGUUUAGCCGAAGGAACAGCUUUAAAACAUCCACGAGGGACAUCAAGUUCUUCAGCAAAGUGGUCCUUCCGCUCAUGGAAAAAUACUUUAGUACUCACAAGAACUACUUCAUCGCUGUGGCCACGGCUACGAACAACAUUGGAGCAGCGUCCUUGAAGGAGAAGGAAAUGGUGGCGGCUCUGUUCUGCAAAUUGGCUAGCUUGUUGAGAUCUAGAUUGGCUGCGUUCGGACCAGACGUGAGGAUCACUGUUCGCUGCCUCCAGGUGUUAGUCAAGGGCAUAGAUGCGAAGAGCUUGGUGAAGAACUGUCCAGAGUUCAUCAGGACCUCCAUGUUGACCUUCUUCAACAACACAGCAGACGAUCUAGGUCAUACCAUUCUGAACCUGCAAGAGGGCAAAUACAGUCACCUGAGAGGGACACAUUUGAAGACUUCUACGUCCUUGUCGUACAUCAACAGCGUAGUUCUACCGGUGCUCACAGCAAUGUUUGACCAUCUAGCUGCUUGCGAAUACGGCAGUGACUUGCUCUUGGACGAAAUUCAGGUAGCAUCGUAUAAAAUGCUGGCAUCCCUGUACACUCUUGGCGUGGACGCCUCCUUGACACACGACAGGAAAUACUUGAAGACGGAAAUCGAGCGCCACAAGCCGAACUUGGGUUCUUGUCUAGGUGCCUUCUCCAGCUGUUUCCCAGUCGCUUUCCUAGAACCCCAUUUAAAUAAGCACAAUCCAUUCUCGCUCCUGAAUCGUAUCGCUGACCAUUCCUUGGAGGCACAGGACAUCAUGUCGAAGAUGGAAUCGAGCAUGCCUACCCUGGAAACGAUCCUGUCAGAGGUCGAUCAGUUCGUCGAGUCUGAGAAAACGUACAACGAUCUUCCUCACGUGGUUGACGUUAUUCUUCCUUUGCUUUGCUCCUACCUGCCCUUCUGGUGGGCCCAGGGUCCUGACAACGUAAACCCGACCGAAGGAACCUACGUCAGCAUGGUUACCAGCGACCACAUGAACCAACUGUUGAAGAACGUGUUGAAACUGAUCAAGAAGAACAUCGGUAACGAGAACGCUCCCUGGAUGACUCGCAUCGCUGCUUACACCCAGCAGAUCAUCAUCAACUCGUCGGAGGAGCUGUUGAAGGACCCGUUUCUGCCUCUCGUAGAACGUGUCAGGAAACGUACGGACACUAUGUUCCAUAAGGAGGAAUCUCUUCGUGGUUUUAUUAAAUCGUCCACCGAUGACACCUCGCAAGUCGAGGCACAGAUUCAAGAAGAUUGGCAACUUCUGGUCCGCGACAUCUACUCGUUCUAUCCCCUCUUGAUCAAAUACGUCGACCUGCAAAGAAAUCAUUGGUUGAGAAACAAUAUUCCAGAAGCAGAGGACCUCUACAAUCACGUGGCAGCGAUAUUCAACAUUUGGUCCAAGUCUCAGUACUUCCUACGCGAGGAACAGAAUUUCAUUUCAGCUAACGAGAUCGACAACAUGGUGCUCAUCAUGCCAACAGCGACUAGGAGACCUACUGCCAUUUCAGACGGCACUGCGCCUUCCGGAGGAGGCAAGAAAAAGAAGAAGCAUCGUGACAAGAAGAGGGACAAAGACAAGGAGGUGCAGGCUUCUCUGAUGGUAGCCUGUUUGAAGAGGUUGCUCCCAGUUGGUCUGAACCUGUUUGCUGGUCGUGAGCAGGAAUUGGUGCAACACUGCAAAGACAGGUUCCUGAAGAAGAUGCCGGAAUACGAAAUCGCGGAAUUCGCGAAGACCCAAUUGACAUUGCCAGACAAGAUCGACCCAGCUGACGAAAUGUCAUGGCAGCACUAUCUGUACUCCAAGUUGGGUCAAAAGAAGGAUUCCAUGGAACCAGUGAAGGCACAGCAAUUGGAGGACGUGGUUGCGAGGAUCACUGAUAUGGCAAAAGUCCUUUACGGUCUACAUAUGAUAGAUCAUCCGCAACAGCAGAGCAAGGGUCAAUAUCGAUCCGUGGUGUCGAUACAACGUAAACGAGCUGUGAUCGCUUGUUUCCGUCAAACUUCCCUACAUUCCCUGCCCAGGCAUCGGGCUAUAAAUAUUUUCGCGCGGACGUAUUACGAGCUCUGGUUGCAGGAUGAGAAUGUUGGCCAAGAAGUGAUGAUUGAAGACCUUACGCAAUCUUUCGAGGACGCAGAAUUGAAGAAGAUGGACAAAGACGAGGACGAGGGAAAACCAGAUCCGCUCACACAGCUGGUAACAACGUUCUGUCGUGGCGCUAUGACGGAACGGUCCGGAGCUCUCCAGGAAGAUCCUUUGUAUAUGAGUUACGCGCAGAUCAUAUCGAAAUCUUGCGGCGAAGAAGAAGAGGAAGGCGAAGACGAAGGCGGAGGAGGCGAAGAAGAAGGUGGCGCCUCGAUCCACGAACAAGAGAUGGAGAAGCAGAAGCUUCUUUUCCACCAAGCACGACUCGCGAAUCGUGGCGUGGCAGAGAUGGUACUGCUGCACAUCUCGGCCUGCAAAGGCCUACCUAGCGAGAUGGUGAUGAAGACCUUGGAAUUGGGUAUCUCCAUUCUACGCGGCGGUAACAUAGAGAUCCAACGAGGAAUGUUGAACCACUUGAAGGAAAAGAAGGACGUGGGUUUCUUCACCUCGAUCGCUGGUCUCAUGAAUUCCUGCAGCGUUUUGGACCUGGAUGCGUUCGAGAGGAACACGAAAGCAGAAGGACUCGGAGUUGGUUCCGAGGGGGCAGCUGGAGAGAAGAACAUGCACGACGCAGAGUUCACGUGUGCUCUGUUUCGAUUCAUUCAACUGACCUGCGAGGGUCACAAUCUCGAUUGGCAGAACUACCUGAGAACUCAAGCCGGUAACACGACGACGGUGAACGUGGUCAUUUGCACCGUCGAUUAUCUGCUACGACUCCAAGAAUCUAUCAUGGACUUCUACUGGCACUACUCCAGCAAGGAACUCAUCGACCCAGCUGGCAAGGCUAACUUCUUCAAAGCUAUCGGUGUUGCCAGUCAAGUUUUCAACACCCUCACCGAGGUGAUCCAAGGUCCUUGCGCUCAGAAUCAACAAGCUUUGGCACACUCUCGAUUGUGGGAUGCCGUUGGUGGAUUCCUUUUCCUCUUCUCUCAUAUGCAAGACAAGCUAUCCAAACACUCGAGUCAAGUGGAUCUUUUGAAGGAGUUGCUGAACCUGCAAAAGGACAUGAUCACUAUGAUGCUCUCCAUGCUGGAAGGUAACGUGGUGAAUGGAACAAUUGGAAAACAGAUGGUGGACACGCUGGUGGAGUCUGCGGGCAAUGUCGAAUUGAUUCUGAAAUACUUCGACAUGUUCCUAAAACUCAAGGACCUCGUUUCGUCGCCUAGCUUUCUGGAGGUGGACCUUAACAACGAUGGCUGGGUGUAUCCGAAGGAUUUCAAAGAGAAAAUGGAACAACAGAAGAGCUAUACCGACGAGGAAAUCGAAUUUUUGUUGGCCUGUUGCGAGACGAAUCACGACGGCAAAAUCGACUACGUGGCUUUCAUGGACCGUUUCCACGAGCCAGCCAAAGAAAUCGGUUUCAAUCUUGCGGUUCUGUUAACCAAUCUAUCGGAACACAUGCCAAACGAGCCCAGGCUGGCAAGGUUCCUCGAAACGGCAGGCUCUGUGUUGAACUAUUUCGAACCGUACCUCGGCAGGAUCGAAAUCCUCGGCGGAAACAAGAAGAUCGAGCGUGUGUACUUCGAGAUCAAGGAGUCGAAUAUCGAGCAAUGGGAGAAACCGCAGAUCAAAGAGUCGAAGAGGACGUACUUCUACAACACCGUGGUGGAAGCCGGGGAGAAAGAGAAGCUAGAGACCUUCAUCAACUUCUGCGAGGACGCCAUUUUUGAAAUGCAACACGCCAGCGCACUGAUGGCAGUGGAAGAGAGCGGUGGAAUCGGGAAAGCGAGAGAAUCUUCUUACACCUACAUGACAGACGACGACGAGGAAAGGAACAAGGAUCCCAUCAGAAGAGGCAUUCAGACCUUCAAAGACGGCAUUUACUUCUUCUUCUCCAUCUUCUCUCCCAGCAACAUUAAAAACAAGAUCGCCGAGAUGCAACAGAUGACGUUCUUGGAACUCUUCAUAGGCUUCUUCAAAAUGAUCUUCUACGCGUUCUACUAUUCUGGCUUUGGCUUUGGCUGUAUUCUUGGGUACUUCAUGAGGUUACUAUUGGCAUUGAUGAAAGGUCCGCACGUGGAAGAACCUGUAGUGGUGAAGGAAGAGGAGGAGAAGCCGUCGAGACAUUUGCCGGCCUUGCCGCCGACACCGGAUGAAUCUAACCUACAGGUGCAGGCGUUCGGAAUGGACAUAACGAAGGAAGAAGGUGGACAGAUAAAGAUAGCACCGCACGAAUCGGCGACGUCUACUCCUCAAUCGAGCAUCGAAGAAACGGGUGAGAGCACACCGGAAGAAGCCACUGGCGAAGAGGGUGCCAGAGCCGAUGCGGGUGGAGACAUGGAGUCACCUGUCUCCUUGGCUGACUUGCUAGGACUGAAGACUAUCAAAGAGUCGAAGAGGACGUACUUCUACAACACCGUGGUGGAAGCCGGGGAGAAAGAGAAGCUAGAGACCUUCAUCAACUUCUGCGAGGACGCCAUUUUUGAAAUGCAACACGCCAGCGCACUGAUGGCAGUGGAAGAGAGCGGUGGAAUCGGGAAAGCGAGAGAAUCUUCUUACACCUACAUGACAGACGACGACGAGGAAAGGAACAAGGAUCCCAUCAGAAGAGGCAUUCAGACCUUCAAAGACGGCAUUUACUUCUUCUUCUCCAUCUUCUCUCCCAGCAACAUUAAAAACAAGAUCGCCGAGAUGCAACAGAUGACGUUCUUGGAACUCUUCAUAGGCUUCUUCAAAAUGAUCUUCUACGCGUUCUACUAUUCUGGCUUUGGCUUUGGCUGUAUUCUUGGGUACUUCAUGAGGUUACUAUUGGCAUUGAUGAAAGGUCCGCACGUGGAAGAACCUGUAGUGGUGAAGGAAGAGGAGGAGAAGCCGUCGAGACAUUUGCCGGCCUUGCCGCCGACACCGGAUGAAUCUAACCUACAGGUGCAGGCGUUCGGAAUGGACAUAACGAAGGAAGAAGGUGGACAGAUAAAGAUAGCACCGCACGAAUCGGCGACGUCUACUCCUCAAUCGAGCAUCGAAGAAACGGGUGAGAGCACACCGGAAGAAGCCACUGGCGAAGAGGGUGCCAGAGCCGAUGCGGGUGGAGACAUGGAGUCACCUGUCUCCUUGGCUGACUUGCUAGGAGGCGAACAGGCCAGAGCCCAGGCUGCAGCCGCAGCAGAGGCAGCCGCCGCUCAACAAGCAGCCAUGGCCGCCGUCGAAGCGGAGGCGAAGCAGGAAACGAUAGCAGAACCAUCGACAUCCACUAUAGACUUUUCCGAAUACACCCAUCGCAUCGUCUCCUUCUUAGCUAGGAACUUUUAUAAUCUGAAAUACGUGGCUCUAGUUCUCGCUUUCUGCAUCAAUUUCAUGUUGCUGUUCUACAAGGUUACAUCUUUGCAAAACGAAGGGGACAAGGAAGGAAGUGGCCAGAUAGCCGACAUGUUAGCAGAAAUGUCUGGCGAAGGUGUAUCCGGUUCCGGACAGGGCAGUGGGUUAGAAAUAGGAAGCGGAAGUGGAGAGAACGAGUCGGAAGAAGAGGAAGAUGCCUACGCCCUGGAAUACGUGGAGGUUGCAGAGGAUUUCUAUUACAUGGCACACGUUAUACGACUCAUGGCUAUUCUUCAUGCGAUCGUCUCUCUUGCUAUGCUGGUUGCCUAUUACCACCUGAAGGUACCAUUGGCUAUCUUCAAACGAGAAAAGGAAAUUGCCAGACGCGUGGAAUUCGAUGGUCUGUAUAUCGCUGAGACGCCAGAAGAGGAUGACAUCAAGGCACACUGGGAUAAAAUGGUGAUAUCAGCGAAAACGUUCCCGGUGAACUAUUGGGACAAGUUCGUGAAGAAGAAAGUCCGACAGAAAUACAGCGAGACCUACGACUUCGAUUACAUCAGCAACCUGCUUGGCAUGGAGAAGACGUCGUUCAGUCAACAGGAAGAGGAAGGUUCCGGUUUGAUCCACUUCAUCGUAAACAUCGACUGGAGGUACCAAGUUUGGAAAGCCGGAGUGACCAUUACGGAUAACGCAUUUUUGUACAGUCUGUGGUAUUUCACAUUUUCUAUCCUUGGCAAUUACAACAACUUCUUCUUCGCUGCUCACCUGCUGGACGUCGCGGUUGGCUUCAAAACUCUGAGGACCAUCUUGCAAUCUGUAACACACAACGGCAAACAAUUAGUGUUAACAGUGAUGUUGUUAACCAUCGUCGUCUAUAUAUAUACGGUUAUAGCUUUCAACUUCUUCAGGAAAUUCUAUAUUCAGGAAGAGGACGACGAAGUGGACAAGAAAUGUCACGACAUGUUAACGUGUUUCGUAUUCCAUCUUUACAAAGGUGUCAGAGCUGGCGGAGGAAUCGGUGACGAAAUCGGUGAACCUGAUGGCGACGACUACGAGGUCUACCGUAUCAUGUUCGACAUUACCUUCUUCUUCUUCGUCAUUGUCAUUCUAUUGGCCAUCAUUCAAGGUUUGAUCAUCGAUGCGUUCGGUGAACUUCGAGACCAGCUCGAGAACGUUAAAACGAACAUGGAGAGCAAUUGUUUCAUCUGUGGCUUAGGAAAAGAGUAUUUCGACACGGUACCUCAUGGUUUCGAUACUCACGUUCAACAGGAACACAAUCUAGCUAAUUACAUGUUCUUCCUCAUGCACUUAAUCAACAAACCAGACACCGAGUACACCGGUCAAGAAACGUACGUGUGGAACAUGUAUCAGCAAAGGUGUUGGGACUUUUUCCCAGUCGGUGACUGCUUCCGGAAGCAGAACGAGGCGGUAGAGGAAGAGGCAAAGAAGAAGUAAAGGAAUUUUAUGAAAUUUAUGUCGUUUUACGUAUAACUGAAUGACCAAUCGAUCGAUUUAGCGAGGGAAAUCUCCUUUCCUGAAAAGUCUUCGAUAAUCGUAGUCUCUAAUUUCUACACGCAAGGAAAGAUGGCGCGUCGAGACUACUCGACAACAACAGACGUCGAUAACGUACGAUUUCAAUUUUUAGAAUAUACUCUCGCUCGUUCGUCGAUAGAUAAACUAGAACGUUGAAUGCGUGUGUACCUUUUACAUUCGACAUCUAUCGUUAUUCCAAGUUUUACGCGGACCCUUCGACACGCGACUAGGGGUGUAUUAAUUAGAAAUUUGCGCGAGUUGCACGCGUACGGGAUCGAGACCUGGCUUUCGAUCGCGCGUGAACGAGCGAAACAAGCUGGGAGACUGGUGAAAUAUUUUUCCAACUUAUUUUUCCAACUUUAUAAGGGUGGCUGGAUAUCGUAUAAUCAACAGUUUCCUCCUUAGAUAGAUAAUUUACGAUGUGUUGUUGAUCAUCGACAAGGGAACCGACUGCACAAAUCUACAUUAUCAUUAACGUUACGAUUGCCUUCUUUUCAUACGUCGAGUGAUCACAUUUUGUGCAUAAUGAUUUAACUCAUUCACGUAAUGUUUGAGAUAUUACAAGAGUAUUACGUAAGUUGAAGAUGUUUAAAAGUUUAUAUCAAACGCGAAGGUUUCCACGAUUACGUGGCAACUUUUCCAAAAAGUUAUUGACGACUGAAAUCGCGAUAUAAUCAAAUAUGUCAAUAUGUUGUAAAUAAGGAUCUACGACAAGAUUACCUGAGAAUAAAGAAAGACA